AUGUCCCAGCCGCCAGCUGGAGACCAGCAACCCAUUUCGAACCCCAAGCGACCGCGUGAGGGAGAGAGCUACGAGCCCUAUAAGCGUGCACAAGGACUUGAGUACCCGGACAUGGGUGUCCGAGUCGAGGACAAUGCGUAUCCGCAACGAGACACGACACAAGAAAUGGCAGAAGGUCCAUACACGGCACAAAUGGCUCCCAGGAACAGUGUAAAUGAGCCUGCUUUGCCAAAUGUUGACGCACAACAGAUUCAACAGCAACCUCAACAGUAUCAGCAGCAUCAGCAGCAUCAGCAGAAUCCGCUUCAAAGCGUCUAUGUUCACCAGCAUACAUACGAUACAAGAUUUCAGAACGGUCAUUUGCAGCAACAGACUCCGCUUCAUCAGCAAGUGCGCGGUCAAGAGCAGCUCUAUCAGCAACCCUUCUAUGGGCAGCAACCUGCCAUGGGCAUGUAUGCUCUCCCGAAGAUCACAUCUUCGAAGUUACCUGUGGUCCAGACAAACUCUCGUCAACACCAGAUGCCAGGGGCUGCCAAGUCUCAGGAGAAGGUUGCCGAGACUGCGGCGAAUGGUCCUCGUGGACCUAUCUCUGCCGCAUCGUAUGAGCCAUUCCGUCAGUCAAACCAGUCAAAAUGGCUCGCAAUUGCAUGGAAAGCCCUGACCCUGCCGAAAUUGGACGUACUCCCUGGCAUAAGUGUGCAGCACCGUCUAUUCAUUGGCCCAGAAGAGCAGCUAGUCGUUCCCACUUUCGUGCUGAAGAUGCGGGGACUAGAUGCUCAGAGUCGUCUUGAGGCCUGGAUCAAGAUCAUCAAGCUGGGGCGUUCUUUUUACACGACAUUCCCUAAAGAUUCCCAAUGGGAGAACGCGUGGGCGGACAUACUGCAAUUUAGUCAAAAGAUGCUGACCCAGGAGCGUCGAUUUUACAACUGGAUCGAGAGGAUUGAUCCAGCGGAGAAGAUGCGAAUCUUCAAGGAGCGGAUACUGCAUGUUCGCGUAGAACCGAGUCUUGCUGAUCCUUGGAAUCCUGACUGGACUGACCCGGAGCUGAGCGAAUUUGCGAGGCAGAAGCCUUAUUUCGCAGCAGCUCGAAAAUCGGGAGCCAACAAGAAAGAGUCAGCUUCGAACAAGAAACUUCAGACUGAUAGAGGCCAAGGUGACCAAAUGCAGCAGAAAAUGGCACCCUGGCUGAAAGAGCUGGAGAAGACAUACCUUGCCAACCAGGCCGAAAUCGAUGCUUACUACAUGGAGAACAACGAGUUGAACAUGCGGAACUUGAGCGACCAUUUUUCGGACAAGAUGAGGACGUGGAACGGCCGGCCUGAAGCACUGAAAUUAAGCGUAUCCGCAUCACAACAGAUUCCAGACAACAUUCAACAAGGUCCAACAUCCCAGGCGCCUUUCCCAAAAGUAGAGCCAGCACAGCCUGGUCAGUAUACUGCUGAAGAGGAGAUGAUCGCCGAAGGUGCCGCCCAGGCGUAUAUCGCAGAUUUGAAGCGGGGAACGAUUCUUCCUCCUACUCAAUCACAUAUGCAGAGCGAUGCGAUACGGCCUCGACCACAUUACUCUGCUCCACAGGCGCAGAAGUUUGCUCCGAACCCGCUUGUGAAAUCCUGGCCUGGUACAGUGACGGCACAGAAUUUCGUGGCUCAAGGGCAGGUAGCACCGCUGCAGACUGCUCCAGUGAUGCAGACAGGUGGAUUACAGCAGACGAUUCAACCUACUGCUCAGCAAAGCCAGCAGCAACCGACGCAACAAUUCCCAACUUCGCCAAUUGAUACUACACAUGAUGUAUCUUAUGUCACUCCAUCAAGCCAGCCGGUCCCUGAUCCAGUCAACACAAUACCGCAAGCUACACCACCGCAGCACAAGAAGCCCACACCUGUCUUCAACCCUACACAAGAGGCUCAAAAGACGGUGUAUCGCCAAAUGCUCGCGCGAAAUGCAGCUCUCGACAAGAGACUUGAGCUACCAGAAUCUGAGCGCAUUGUCGUUGGCGGAAUCGAUAUAGCGGCGCUGCUCGAUGCUGGCACUGAUAUGAUGAAGAUCGUCAAGCAGAUCACGCCGUUCAUGAAGGAGGCGGAGCCAGUCAUUGAGCAACCCGAGCUUCCAAAGGACACUACCGAGCAAGUCGGUGCAGAGAUCGACCCUCCAGCCGUAGCGCCCACCUUCAUCAACGCACCAGAACACGGCUGGAACAAUGUCGAAGUCAUCGACGAGACCGACGUACGCUUCUGGCCCGGGAUGGACAACAUAGAUGAGGUGUAUUGGGCCGAAAAAGGCAGAAACGCGUUCAUAGGCGAGACGAAAGCUGAGCGGGAUGAGUGGGAGGCUCACGUGGCUACGGAGUAUCAGCGCGAGAUGGAAAAGUUGGACGAGAUGUUCGGGACGGAUUCGUAUAUUGGGGAUUUUUAG